AGACUCGACCUAUUCCAGAGGUCGCGGAAUGCCACGCAGGCCAACGACUCUUCCAACUACGUGAAUUUACAUUCUGGUCACGAUGCCGCUCACCGCGGAAAGAAGAAGGGACUACUUUCUGGCGAUGACCCUGUCGGUCUUAACAACAUGCGUUUUCGGAGUCCACGCCAAUCCGAAGAUCGCCACAUCAACUGCUUGUCAAAAUGUGACAGGUGUCAAUUAUCCCGCCGCCUGCCCAAGAUCGAACGACCCCGACUCGUUUACCCGAUGUUGCGAAACGAACGGAAAACCAAGCUGUUGUCCACCUCUGCAACGGGGAAUUCACUUCAAGUCGACUUGCGGUCCCGAUUUUCAAGCCCAUGGCAUCCCAUAUUGCCCGAUGCCAAACGAACCUGCUGAAAAUAACACUUGCUGUAGCCUGACAACAUUUCCGUUAGGUAUCAAAACAACUGUUUAUUAUUGCUGCCACACAGACGACGGUGGAUUGGAAACUAUCGCCAUCAUCAUCGUAUCUGUUGUGGUCGUCGUGAGUGUUCUCGCCAUUCUCGGUUGUGCUUUCUGUGCCUACCGCUUCAUACGCGCGCGGAAGAAUGCCGCGCAGACGGGCUACGCAGUUGUAGAAUGAUCACACAGGACCCCGCUACAAGACAUUGCAAGCUCCCGUCAUAUCAUGCCUCUUCUUCACUAAUUGAUCGAACAGCACGGAUCGCUGGAAAAUAGUACUCUCAGAAAUCAAUGCGCGAUCUCACUGCACAUUAUAGGGCUGCUAUUUGCGCCAUCAGAAUGUAGUUCCUCUGAUUUCUGCCGAACAUUCCGAUGAACUUUGAGCCUGAUAUGUUCACCGGCGUCGAUUGGGGGUCCAAUUAACCCGCUAAGCCCUGAAACGUGGUGGACGCGUGAAAUCAAAGACAAAGACGACCCCAAAAACUUCUGACCCCGCAAACCCUGAAUGAUUAUGGAAUGACCUGUCAAAGAUUCUAUGGAUUCAGUUUAUGCCCUGCUUCAUCGAGGUCUCCCUGCCUGCAAUGUGAGGUUCAGGUGAGACAUUUGGUGGAUCGUUGGCAAAAGCUUUAGCAGUUGAGAGACCACUGUGUGAAAACCCAUCAGCUUUAAGACUUAUCGCAAAAGCAUGACUGUCUCUAGAUAAAGUAAUUGAUCCGAAUAAUUUAAGAUGAAUAAACUAGAAUGUUUUUCAUAUGUUAUCGAUGACAAACAGCUAAAAAAUUGAA